AUGAUCUCCCCAACUCACAACAAAGUCAUCCUCCUCAUCCUCAUUGCCUUCACAAUAAUUACCACCACUCAAUGCGAGCCUUUUGACAUUCCAGGGAUACCAGGUGCGAUCGUCAGCGCUUUACACUCUAUAACUCUCCCUGUCGAAUUACCUCACACGACCCAAACUUCUGUUCCUACAUCGACCAAGUCAGGCAGCGUUAAUACGGCUUCUGCAUCUUCUGAUUCUUCGGAGACGGAUGGUGAGAAAUUACAUGUUUUCUAG